AUGAUCCCAAAAAUGAUUGAAUAAAUAAAUGACUUAAAUUGUGCUAAUAAUCAUAAUUUAGAACCAUAUAUGGUAGUGUUUGAUCCUAAAUUAUCAUAAAAAGAAAGGAUAUUAUGUACAAAAUGUAUGGAAGAUUUUGAUAGUAUAACUAAAAUGGUAACUUUCAAAAAGGCAUAAUAAUUAAUUGAAGAAAAUUAAACAAGAUUAUUAGAAUUAUUAGAAAAUAUCAUUUAACCUAAUAUUAAAUAAAUUGAUCAAUUGUAAAAGCAUCUUUAUUCAUUAAAAUCAUAUUUUAAUCAAGAGCUUGAUUAAUUAAUUGAAAAUACAAAAGAAUGGAUAAAAAACUUUGAUUAAAUCAAAUAAAUACAUAGAGAUUAUAGUUUCUUUUAAGAACUUGAUAUAUUAAUAUCAAAUGAAAAGAUUUAACAAAUUAAUGAAUCACAAUUCAAUAAUGAAAUUAUUAAAAUAAAUCAAGCAUUAUGCGUAAAAAUGAAAUUAAAAUUAGAAUAAUUUAAAAAUUUCAAUGAAUAUAAUUAAUGUACUUAAAUACUCAAUAAUAUUAUAAAUAUUGUAUAAGUAACAAGUGUUACUGAUUUUGAAGAGACUGAAAUAAAUAGUUAAACAACUAAUAUUACAGAAAUCAGCACUAUUCAAUAGGAUGAAAACAAUGAAAUUGAUUAGAAUGAAUUACAAGAAAUUUAAUAUUAUGUUUAUGAAGAUUUGUAAAAUUUUGUUAAUCUUUUAUAUUCUUUAAUAGCUGUAAAAGAGCAUUUUAAAGAAAACCCUAGUCAUCCUAUGAUUGUUAUAUGCAGGAAUAAGAUAAUCUUAUAAUUAAAUAUUUCAAAUUCAAUUCAUACUGAUUUGAUAAAUUAAUAUAAAAAUACAUUGAAGUAAGUUUUAUAAAAAGAAAAACAAAAUGCUAAAAAAAUAAUAAAUUAAUUCAAAUUACUUUUAGGAGAUGAAUAUUAAUUACAUAUUGAUAAUUAUAUUUCUAAUAGUUUAAAUGAUGAAUUAUCUAUGAAAUAAUUGAGUAUAGAAAAAUUAGAUAUUUAAACUUCUCCAAAUCAAAACUAAAAUAUUUAUUCAUUUCCUUUAGGUAUUGAUAAUCAAAAAAUUUUUAGUCAUUGGAUGAAAUCAAAAACUUACAAUUCAAAAACUUUUGAUUCCUUUAUUUUUAAAGCUAUGUAUAUUUAACAUAAAUAUUUAGAUCUUACAAAUAAAUAACAGAGAUUAAGAUAAUGGCUAAUUUUCCAUUAUCAAGUUUAAAAUCAAAUAAAAAAUGA